AUGCUUCUCAUGAUCGCCAAGGACCCUAUGAGCCAGACUAGGUUUUUUAUUUUCUGUUACCAGUUAUUCAUGAUGCAUGUGUUGGGAGUAGGGCCCGUGGACAACAUGCUCCGUCACAAUGGGCACAAGGAUGGGACACUGUACCCUGAUGGCAGAGCUGCCAAUCUAUGGUCUGGGGGCAGUUGCAGCGUGGCCAGUGCUCAUUUUCCUAUCGAAGAACAGGGAAGGAGAUCCAAUCAUGGCCAUGGACUUAUAAUAUUCAACAGCAGGCAGAAAAUUGACUGGCUACGGGAGUUGCUGAAGGGCACGACGGAAGAAGGUCGUAUGAAGCUUCGUGCAUGGCGGGACAGAGUCAUUCUUGCUGUGGAAAGCAUGCAGACAACGUGCGUGGCCUCAGUGCCCCUGGUGCUGGCCCGAUCACCGAUGGAUAUUGAGUUUGACUUGCAAUCGCCAGGGUACUCGGAGAAACAACGUGCAGCAGACAAAUUUGAUGGCAAGGCCGAACUAGAUGUGCGGGAACCCGGGAAGAGGAGGUCACCGCAAGAGAGCGUUGGUUGCUGUCACGGUGCGUGCCUACGAAAGCAAGCCCUUUGGUCUGCGUUGAAAGAAAGCAGAGUUGCGGCGGAGAAAGACGAGAGGUCUUACAUAGCUGAUUUUGCUGCAGAUUCCGCCCGAAUUGUGGAGCAAGCAGGAAUUCACGCUCAUACUGCGUCAUGUUACAAGUAUGAAAGCGGACGUGAGCAGGAUGGCAAGCCAGAACAUUGCCGCUUUGGGUACGUCCAUUUUGUGACUUUGUGGUGUUGGGCCAUUGUUUUGCGCCGUGGCAAGCAGGUGAAAGCAGCCGUGCAGCGAGUGUUUGCAAGAUUUGGCAAGGAGCCAGUACUUCCCAAAGGGUACAUGCCUACACCUUUCGAAAAAGAACAUGGCAUUGCGGCAACGUUGGACAUGUUUGCCCCACACCAUCCGGGACUGGGAAGUCAGAUCAAUGCCAAAGAAAGCUUGGAUCGACCUGGCCGCAUUCAGACGGUGCGUGUGCAUCCAAGAGAGACAUCCACCUUGGUGAGCAGAAUUGUCUCCCAUAGGGGCAACUUGGACUAUCAGGACUUGCGGACUGUCCUGGACGAUGCCGAUGAUGACAACGUUCCGUUGCCGCCCGAAAUCAAGGUGCAUCGCCAAGGCCCGUUGCAGCCCUGCCGUUCGUUGCUAGUGAACGGAGGUGUCACAAUGCCCCAAGCCUAUACUGUCCGUUUCCUCGGGAGCUGCUUGCAAAAAGAAGAGGUGAAGGCCUUGAUGGUUGCUACCCGUACUUUCUAUUGGAUGUUGGAACCUAGAGCUGGAGUGGCUGAAAUGCCACGGGUGGGCGACCGGCAGCGUGAUGCAAGCUGGAAGAUUUUUUCCAGAGCUGUGGUUGACGGCAUUGUUUCGGCAAUGCGAAGUGCAGUGCAGAUUAGCUUCUACAUUUGUGACUACUCCACUAAACCUAAUGUGACAUCGGGCCGCGUUUUGCAGUACAUGCACAAAGGAAUGCAACGGUUGGAGGCAGAACUGCAGGAGAAAGAGUGCGUGCAGAAAGUGUUGGAGCUCGAGGCUGCUGGUUUCUUGGAUGAUCCUGGCCGAUUGCCUUCCGGUGUGCAAACUUUGGAAGGUAAGAAUUUGUCUGAGGCCGAAAAAAGGCAAGAGAAGGUGAGACGCAUUCUGAUCCGCUUGUGGAGCGCUGCAAACUAUUCUUAUUUGAAAGGACAUGAAGCUUUGCGAAGAGAAGAAACCAAAACCAUGGAAGUAGGAGAGACAGAGGAAGACGUGGCCCUAACCCUGAUCGAAGUGGAGCAAGCGGAUGGGAAGUAUAGUGUCCAAGUGAGCAACGAUGCAUUUGUCGACGAUUGGUACCACCGUGGCCCAGACCUUGCUUGGAUGAGCCAUUAUCUCUACGCGAUGUAUGUCAGGGUUGUGCCGAAAUCUGAUGGCCUGCGCUUUCAAUGGAGCUUUGCCUUUGUGCACCAUUACAAGAAAUAUGCUGGCUUCGUACAGGUGCUCGAACCAUCUCCACGAGUUCCUUACAUGGUUGGCUUCACCAUGCCCACGAGAAGCGCGGAUCCUGCCACGAAUGCUUUGUAUCAUCUGUGCUUGAUGAAGCCGAGCAGAGUGUGCAAAGGGUGUUGCGAAGAUGUGGCUUGGCUAGCAGGUCAUGUGUUGUCAUCUGUGGCUGGGUCACAGCAAGGCAUACUCUUUGGAUACACAAAGCCUGCCGGGCAAGCUCAGCCUUCCAGGGGCGAGCGACGUUUCACAGAAGCGUGGAAAGCUUGGGAGGCAUUGCAACUGACCCGAGCAGAGCGUGCUUGGGCAAAGUUGAAACUGGAGCGUCGUGUGGGCGUUCUGGAUGAUGUGGCGCCAUUCCGAGAAUGGUAUGUGCCUGGUUGCAACAGAAAGACCAUUGUGCAGUCAUGGCUUUUGCCUUGGUUGCGAGGCGGUUUUCGGCAUUGCUAUAAAGGUCCCUGGGGACAAAAGAGGAGGACGCGAUCCGACAUCAAUCCGAUAUACAGCAAGGCGCAAUUUGUCAAGCUGCAUCCCACAAGUGUGGGGGUACUGCCAGCAUUGCCACAUGUGGUCGCAGUUUGCAUUCUUCGUUUUGCUGGGAAUGUGAAAGGUGAAGGGAAUGAAGAUGUGGUUAUAGCAGACACACUUGAUGCCCAGGACAAGGCUGCGUCAAGUUGCAGAACAGAUGCCCAGAAGACGGUGGUCAGAACAGGCACCGGGGUUCAUGUGAACCAAUUGUUUCCCGAAGAGUUUGGUGCCAGCAUCACAGCAGAGGUGUCAUGGAAUAUGGAUUUGCUUGCUGAAGCUCGCAAAAGACCACGCCCAAAUGCAGUCGCUGUCAGCAACGAAGACGAAGAUGAUGAUGCGGGUGGAGCUGUCGUGGGAAAACUGUUGGCCGCUGAAGGAGAAACCCCGGGCGGAGAAGCAGGAGAUGAUUAUGAUGUUGUAGUGGAGCAGCCAUAUUCCGAGGAAAAAGGCUUACAGUAUAAACCGCACCUGGAAAUACAAGAUUGCGAUGUCCUUGAGAUUGCUCACAGACUAGAUGGCUGGAGAGACGGGCGAGGUCAAAAAGACAAUGUCUUGAAGUUUUUCCAGAACUUUCGCGAUUUUUACGCUGAAGAGUUAAAGGCAGCAUGCCCUUGCGAGAUGAGGAUGCAAAAACAGUUCUGUGGUACAGAUGGCAUGAGUUUGGCAGACUGGAUUUCACAGCGAAAUCAAAUGCUCCGAGCACAGAAAGAGUUGAAGAAUAACCGUGAGAAGACAGGCCCAGGCGGUGGAGAAUCUGAAUCGGAAGAUGAUAUACAGAGUCGUGUGAUUACCAGUGAAACAGAUGUGCCGAAAAUUCAUGUAGUAUUCACUUUCGAAAAUGCCAUUGAAUCGCCAGCUGAGAUGGCACGCCGGUUGGCGUGUCAAAGUGGGGCAGCUUGGGACAGACAGCAAUAUGAAAUGAUCAUUUGUUGCGUGUGGCCUUUGCACCGGGUCUGGGAAUAUGCUCUCACAGAGCGUCGUCUGAAGGAGUGGAAUUCUGUGGAAGGCCGCUUACAACUCAUCCAGGAUGCGCAGGUUCCACCUGUCCGUGUAUUCGCACAUGGAGCUGGCGGGUCAGGGAAAACUUAUUGCUUGACUAAAGUUGUCAUGGCCGUUUUUCAGUGGUUUAUGCCAGGGCAAUGUCGUAAGCAAGCUUCCACCAACAGUGCUGCUCGCCUGAUCGCAGGCGACACCAUGCAUGCUUGUGCAGGGUUACUGAAAAGUGCAAAGUUUACAGCAGAGGAACCGUCCCGGAAGGUUCAGAACAAGUUGAAAACGACUUGGGGGACUGCUGUCUUUGUUUACAAUGAUGAGGUGGGUGCUGCCGCCCCUGGACUGUAUGGAACUUUGUCGUCUCGUGCAUACUGGGGAAAACGGGCUGCGGGGCAAAUUGAAGAUGUGGGGCCGAAACAAGCACCUUUUGGAAAUCCUUUGCUACAUGUUGACGCAGGUGACUUUGCCCAGCUCCGGCCAGUGCCGAAAGGGAGCCCUAGCCUCAUGGAAGCAUUUCUAAUGUCCCGCAAAGAAUAUGCGAAUGAAGGCCGCGUGCGGCCAUUGACCGACAUGGAGAUGUUAGGCCUGAAAACUUUUGAUUUGGUUGCGGAGACCUGCGUAGAGUUUAAAGGGACCUACCGAUUCAAGGAAAACGAUCCCUUGAUCCGUCUGCUGCAGAUUAUGCGCACUGUCGGCGGCGCAGAAGUACCAGAGACAUUGAGGCAACAAAUCUUGAGUCGUAUUCAAUUGGGUGGCAAAGAUCCACGAGCAAAGCUAUUCUAUAGAUUCCCUAAAUCGGUGCUUGGAUCGGAUGUUUUUUCAGACUAA